UAGAGAGAGAGAUGUUAAAACUUAGUUUAGAUAUGAGGGGGAAUAACUUCAAUGUUGGAGGGGAGUUUUAUUCCUAAAAUAAAGUUUGGAAUGUAAAUAUUUUUCACCCCAACUGAAUAUCAUUCAGUUGUCUAUUUCUUUUUGUUUUUUCCAGUAUAUUAUCCGACUUGUCUCCAGUGGCAGCAAAUUAACAACUUAAUUCAGAAGACUUGAGCGUUGAUUUACUUUUAGUUGUAAUAUAUUACUCGUAUUAUGUUUUGAAGGAGACAAAAAAAAAAGUUAGGUAGUCGUACUAUACAGUAGUAUUGUAUAAUAUAUGAACACGGUACUCAUAACAAUCAUCACCUAUAUAUAUAGACCGAUUCAGGCCCUUUACAUAUAAAGUCCUUUUAUUAUCAUUGUUUCUGCCAGAAAUUAGCUCCAUUUCAGAAGAACAUGAAGAAAAAGAUUGUGAUCGACCUCACUCUCAGCACUGAUGACUGUAUCUCAAAGGCUAUGCAGAUUGCUGUAAGAUGUGCAGGGGUAAUAUCAGUGAAUACAGACAAGGAAAAAGGGCAUUUGGUGGUAAUUGGAGUAGGGGUUGAUUUCUUCAAGUUGAUGAAAUGCAUAAAGAAGAAAUUUAAUUGUGCUCGCAUUGUGAGUAUUGGAGAAGUGAAACCCGAAACGAAACCCAAACCUGAUCCGAAACCCAAACCUGAUCCGAAACCAUGUUGCCCUCCAAUAUGCCCUCCAAGGCCAAUAUGCCCUCCAAGCCCAUGUGUGCAGUUUUAUCCAGUAUGCCCACCCGAUUAUGAGAAUUGCCUCAUGAUGUGAAAGACACCCAAUUUUAAUUCAUUGCAUUGUAUUAUAAUGUCCAUAAUUAUUAUUAAUAAUUGAUUUGGU